UGUUCAUCGAACCGUAACUAACAAUUCGUGGUUGAUGACCUGAUAUGGCGUUUAUUAGGUUAUGCCAAAAAAAAAAGAAUUAAAAAGAGAUUUUAAGAAAAUCCAAUAUUUGUGUCUCUGAGAGCGUCAUUUAUCGCAUGUUUGAAGAGGAGGAAGAGAAGAGUUAAGGUUGAAGUAGAUUACUAAUACUAAUGUCGAAAAAAGGAGGUUCGUUUCAGAAGGAUGUUCCAUGGAGAGCAUCAUCUUCUUCCUUGAAACCUUUCCCCAAAAUUCACCACUCUCCACUUCUUCGCGUUUCCCACUCACCCCUAUCCGAUUACGCCGUUUCCGUUAUGAGGCAUCCGGACCCUAUUGGAAAUGGAUUGGGCGAUGAGGCCAUAGUGGAAGCGGCUGGUCCUGACUGCAUCGUACCUGGCCAGAAGGUGCCCCUCAAAUUACUUGGCCUUCAGGUGUGGCCAAUCCAUGUUGACCUGAAGUUUUUGGAACCCGUUGGGCGAGAACUUAAGUUGCUUGGAAAGUUCAUGGAUGACGCCGUCGAACUAAUGAACAAAUCAUUCAUAGAGCGUUGAUAAUAUGGACUGUGUAGAGACGAAGUAGCCACUAUUUGAAAUUUUUUAAGGGAUGAAAGCAUAGACAUGCAGAGUGACUGUAACAUUUGGCUCAUUUUGUACGUAAGAGAGAAUUGUAAUGUGAGAUAGUUUUGUUCGGUACUCAUUCCUCCCCCAUCCCCCUUUAAUUCCAAUUGGAAACUAUUUCUGGGAAUCAAAUUUCUUCUUUUUAGCCCCA